GCUGCAGCAAAAUGCAAAGACCAGCAAGUACAUUCCCAGCAGCAGUUGCAGCAGAAGCAGCAGCAGCAGCGGCAGCAGCAGCGGCAGCAGCAGCAGCGGCAGCAGCAGCGGCAGCAGCAGCAGCGAUUGCAUCGCUUGUAACAUCAGGAAAGCAGUAGAGCAAGGAGCAGCAGCAGGAGAAGCAUCAGCAGCAGCAGAACUGGCAGCAUUACCGGUAGCAGCAGCAGCAGCAGCAUCAACAGCAGCAGCAGCAGUUGCAGCAAUAGCAGCAGCAGCAGCAGUUGCAGCAAUAGCAGCAGCAGCAGCAGUUGCAGUAAUCACAGCAGCAGCAGCAGCAGCACUAGCAGCCGCAGCCGCAGCAGCACUAGCAGCCGCAGCAGCAGCAGCAGCAGCAGCAGCAGCAGCAGCACUAGCAGCCGCAGCCGCAGCAGCAGCAGCCACAGCAGCAGCAGCAGCAGCAGCAGCAGCAGCAGCAGCAGCAGCAGCGGACCGGCGAGGACGACAGCAGCAGCAGCAGCAGCAGCAGCAGCAGCAGCAGCGGCAGCAGCAGCGGCGGCAGCGGCAGCGCAGCGGCAGCAGCGGCAGCGGCAGCAGCGGCAGCAGCGGCAGCGGCAGCAGCAGCAGCAGCGGCAGCAGUAGUUUGGGAUCAUCAAGGGGGGGUUGCGGGGUGGACAAGCAGCAGCAGCAGCAGCAGCAGCGGCAGCAGCAGCAAGGGGGGCAGCAGCGGAGAAGCAUUUUGGAAAGAAGCAGCAGCAGCAGCAGCAACAACGAGGAGGGAGAAAGUCAAGGACAGCGUUGGAGAGUGAAGCAGCGCCAGCAGCAGCAACAGCAGCAGCAGCAGCGCAGCAGCAGCAGCAAAUAA